UGAUACAACCAAUGAUAAUACCAUAAUCGGAAUCCAGUCAGCUGUUAUGUCAAGUGAAUAUCCUUAACCAACAAAAUAAGUAAAAAUAAGUUAAUUAAUUGGCCUUAAUAAAGAUUUUCUUGAUAAUAUUGUGAUCUUCCAGUGUAUACACAUUAUCAUACGAACGUACAGAGAAAAGAGGUCCUCUUUAAAAUCUAGUUGACUGAAUUCAAUAAUGAUAUUGUAGCAGUAUUAUUACUCUAUAUACUUCCAAGAUGUUCAAAGAAAACGAUAAUGCUUCUGGGGGUUGUAAUGGUGCACCACCACGUGCUCGACGCUUUCCACGAUUUUCCUUAAGGAGAUUAUUAUAUUCGAGCCCUCUGAUCGGUCGAAGAAUAGUUCGUGCCCCUAGUUCAGGCAACAGAAACAAUACUAAAGCUAAAGAUCCAGCGAGCAGUAGAGUAUUUAUUGAAGCCAGAGUAAGUAAUGGUUCAAGCCAUUAUCAAUUUUACAACAUAGACCUACAACGUGCUUCCAGCAAAGGCUCUGUACUUUCUUCUGCCGGAAAGAGCAAUGAAAGUGGAUUAAUGGAAUGCCCGUUAUGCUUAGCCGAUUUACCGAUCGAAUUAUUUCCUGUAAUACAAUCAUGUCAUCAUCGUACCUGUUAUGAUUGCUUCCAACAAUAUCUUAAAAUUGAGAUUUCAGAGUCAAGGGUUAAUAUAGCCUGUCCCGUAUGUUCAGAACCACUUCAUCCAAAUGAUAUUCGAAUGAUCCUAAACGAUUCAGCUCAAUUAGAAAAAUAUGAGGACUUUAUGGUACGAAGAGUCCUCGCGGUUGAACCCGACGCAAGAUGGUGUCCUGCACCAGAUUGCAGUUUUGCUGUAAUUGCCAGUGGUUGUGCUUCAUGUCCAAAAUUACGAUGCGAACGACCUGGUUGCGAUUCAUACUUUUGUUAUCAUUGUAAAGCACGAUGGCAUCCUAAUCAAACGUGCGAUGCAGCUAGAGCACAGCGUUCACAAUAUUAUGAACGUAGCUCCUCGCUUAGUUUCAGUCAAAGUGAUUCACAACACAGAGAUGAUAUUAAACCAUGUCCAAGAUGUCAAGCUCUUAUCGUUAAAAUGGACGAUGGAAGUUGUAAUCAUAUGACAUGUGCUGUUUGCGGAGCCGAAUUUUGUUGGCUUUGUAUGAAAGAAAUCAGUGAUCUCCAUUAUCUAAGUCCUUCUGGCUGUACUUUUUGGGGUAAAAAGCCAUGGUCCAGAAAGAAGAAAAUUCUUUGGCAAUUAGGAACUCUUGUUGGUGCUCCUGUUGGAAUUGCUCUUGUCGCUGGUAUAGCGGUUCCUGCAAUGAUUAUCGGCAUUCCUGUAUGGGUAGGAAGAAAAUUAUACACAAGGUAUAAGAAAGCCAACAAGCACAAGAGAAAUGCUUUUAUUGCAGGUGGUGUUACCGCAUCGGUAAGUCCGAAAAAUGUCUUAUAUUUUGUCUUUCUUUCUUUUUUUUUCUUUUUUUUUAAUCAAUAUUAUUUUUAUUCUCUACUUUGACAUCUCAUCUUUAAUUUAAUUUGACACAU